AUGUCUCGCCAGCGUCGUCCAGUACAGGGGAAAGAGUCGGACAGUCCAACAACUGAUUCGGUGCUCGAAGUCCCACCUAAAAUGUUGAAGAAGCUUCUUCACUGGGACGAGUUACCGCACUGGCAGCGUGAUAAUCACCACAUUCAUACUGGCUAUCGACCAGCCUCAUCUUCGUUCUGGGCCUCAUUCCAAUCGCUGGGCUACUUCCAUAACGAGACCGUCAAUAUCUACAGCCAUCUUUUGCCGUCCAUUUUGGCUGCUCCUGCGGCUUAUCUACUCUACAAUGCCUUGGAACCUCGUUACCAGACCGCGGCGGACUCCGACAUCGCUGCGUUUGCUUGCUUCUUUGCCGGCGCAGCUUUUUGUUUGGGCAUGUCCGCGACCUACCACACAAUCUCCAACCAUUCACCCGUCGUGGCCCGCAUUGGCAAUGCGUUCGACUAUAUUGGCAUUGUUGGCCUCAUCGUAGGCAGCUUUGUGCCCAGUGUUUUCUAUGGAUUUUAUUGUGUGCCCGAACUUCAACAUCGAUACUGGACCAUGAUCUGCACCAUCGGACUGGGCUGUGUAUGUGUCUCAAUUGUCCCACGGUUCCGGACUCCCCGCUGGCGGCCAUUCCGGGCCGCCAUGUUUGUCGGGAUGGGCCUGUCUGCCGCCUUCCCCGUACUCCAUGGCUUGGCUCUUUUUGGAUUCGAUCGUAUGCGGCAACAGAUUGGUCUCAGCUGGCUCUUGCUUCAGGGCUUCCUAUACAUUCUCGGAGCCGCCAUCUAUGCCGCGCGGGUACCCGAGAGACUGCAACCUGGCAAGUUUGACCUCGUUGGCAGCUCACAUCAAAUAUUCCACGUGCUGGUCGUGUGCGCAGCGGUGGCUCAUCUGACCGGACUUUUGAAAGCGUUUGACUACCGGCAUAGUGGGACUGCCGAGAGUUGUCAGAUUCCACGCGGCUGA